UGUAAAAACCGUGUAAGAUCAAAGGAAUAUAUGCAAUAAAAAAACAAAAAACAAGAACAGAACGAGAUAAUCUCUAUAAAGACCAAUACCAUGGCCAUAGAGUCACGCUCAAUGAGCACUGCCAGUGAUAGUGAUACCACAAAAUCAUCAGCGUUAUCAUCCAUCAAAUCUACAAGAAUCUCCACGAAUCUCAGCGAUAAGAGACGCGCCGAACAGCUGUUCCGCUGCGCCUGCGCCAACUUCAAUCUCCUGCUGCUCACUUUGAUGAUCGGCUUUGGCAAAUGUUGCACUGCCACGCCCACACCCACACCAGCAGCGCCCACAUCUGCACCAACAACAGUUAACACACAACCGCUGGACGAAGGGGGUUCUCUGAGUAAACUCCUCGAUGGCAAGGCCUUCAUCAACAUGAGCUUCAAGUUCCUCAAUGUUUCCGGAAAGAUCGGCACACCCCUCGGCAUAGGCCAAGCCCUGGAAGCCAAGUGCGAUGAGAAGCAGUUCCAGUGCCACAGCGGUGACUGCAUACCCAUUCGAUUUGUCUGCGAUGGCGAUGCGGACUGCAAGGAUCACAGCGACGAACAGGUCAAGGAGUGUAAAUUUAUAGAGGCCACCUGCUCAACGGACCAGUUUAGAUGCGGCAAUGGCAAUUGCAUACCAAAUAAAUGGCGUUGCGAUCAGGAGCACGAUUGUUCCGAUGGCUCCGACGAAACCCCCGAAUUGUGCAUGAAUGCCUGUCCCAACAAUGAGUUCAAAUGCCGCAACGUCGAGCAGUGCAUUCCGCGGAGCUGGCUCUGCGAUGGCAACAACGAUUGCCGCGACAAGUCCGAUGAGGCGCAUUGCAGAGCCCGCACCUGUUCGCCGGAUGAAUACGUCUGCAAAAGCGGAGAGGGACAGUGUGUGCCUUUGGCCUGGAUGUGCGACCAGAGCAAGGACUGCAGCGAUGGCUCUGAUGAGCACAACUGCAACCAGACCUGUCGCUCCGACGAGUUUACCUGCGGCAACGGACGUUGCAUCCAGAAGCGUUGGAAAUGCGAUCACGACGAUGACUGCGGCGAUGGAUCCGAUGAGAAGGAGUGCCCGGUGGUGCCCUGUGACCACGUGGCGGAGCACACCUGCACCAACGGGGCCUGCAUUGCCAAGCGUUGGGUCUGCGACGGCGAUCCGGACUGCUCCGACGGCUCCGAUGAGCGGGCCUGUGCAAAUGUCACCAAGACGACCACGCCCUGCUUGCCACAUGAGUACCAGUGCAAGGACCGCAUCACCUGUUUGCAUCACAGCUGGCUCUGCGAUGGCGACCGUGACUGUCCAGAUGGCGAUGACGAGCACACGGCCAACUGCAAGAACGUGACCUGCCGGGCGGACCAGUUCCAGUGCGGGGAUCGCAGCUGCAUACCCGGACACCUCACCUGCAACGGCGACAAGGACUGUGCCGAUGGCAGCGACGAACGGGAUUGCGGACUGAGCUUGAGCUUGGGAUCCCAACAGGGAGCCUGCAACUCCACCAGUGAGUUUGAUUGCGGCGGUGGUCAGUGUAUCCCCCUUUCCAAAGUCUGCGAUAAGCGGAAGGAUUGUGCCGAUGGCGAGGAUGAGCCGGCGGGCAAAUGUGGUGUCAACGAGUGCGCCUCGAAGAACGGUGGUUGCAUGCACCACUGUGUGGACCUCAUGGUGGGUCACCGCUGCGAGUGCCACGAAGGCUACACGUUGUCGGCGGACAAACGGAACUGCCAGGACAUCAACGAGUGUGAAACACCCGGGAAGUGCUCGCAGAUAUGUGUCAACGAAAUAGGAGGCUUCAAGUGCGAGUGCGAGGCGGGCUACAUGAGGGAUCCCCGCAAUCACACCAGAUGCAAGGCCAGCGAGGGUCAUGCCUCUCUCCUGUUGGCCAGACGCCACGACAUCCGUAAGAUAGCUCUGGACCACAUGGAAAUGACCUCCAUUGUGAACAGUACCAAGGCGGCCACUGCCCUGGAUUUCGUGUUCCGCACGGGGAUGAUCUUCUGGAGCGAUGUGACCACGCAGAGCAUAUACAAGGCACCCAUUGACGAGGGCAGCGAGAAGACCGUGGUGCUCAAGCAAUCUUCGGUUACCUCGGAUGGUCUGGCGGUGGAUUGGAUUUACAAUCAUGUCUACUACACGGACACCCACAAGUGCACCAUUGAACUAACCAAUUUCGAGGGUAGCAUGGGCAAGGUGCUCGUUGAGGACUCGCUGGACAUUCCGCGCUCCAUUGCCCUGGACCCCAUCGAGGGCUGGAUGUACUGGUCCGACUGGGGUGCAUCGCCGCGCAUCGAGAGGGCGGGCAUGGAUGGCUCCCACCGCACCACCAUCAUUAGCUACGAUGUCAAGUGGCCCAAUGGCAUUACCUUGGAUUUGGUGAGGAAGCGCCUGUACUGGGUGGAUGGCAAGCUGAACAUUAUUUCGUCGGCGAAUUAUGAUGGUUCUCAGCGCCGUCAGGUGCUCUACUCUGGUGAAUACCUGCGACACCCCUUCUCCAUCACCACCUUUGAGGACUACGUCUACUGGACCGACUGGGACAAGCAGGCAGUCUUCAAGGCGAAUAAGUUUACAGGAGAAGAUGUGGAGCCUGUCACAGCUGUGCAUAUGCUCCAACAUCCCAUGGUGGUCCACGUUUACCAUCCGUACCGCCAGCCCGAUGGCGUUAACCACUGCCAAUCGGUCAAUGGCCACUGCUCCCACCUCUGCCUGCCAGCGCCCAGGAUUAACGAGCGGAGUCCACGCAUAUCCUGCGCCUGCCCCACGGGUCUGAAGCUGAUGGCCGAUGGCCUCAUGUGCGUCGAGGAUCCUCUUUACGUGGCUCCCAGCACACAACCCCCGCGAGCCCGCAAAACGAAACCGAAGCCGAAGUUCCCUGUGCGGAGAUUGCCCACUGGUGUCCAGGUGGGACACGGUGAACAUCGGAUAAGAGGGAACGCUGAUAUCGGGCUGACCACUAGGCUGCCUCUCUUGGCAGCGGCGGCGGCUACUUUUGUUGCCGACCAGCGCCCAGUGAAAAAUCAAACCCAAAUCGAACAAACCACAGCGCCCAGUCCGCAGCCGGAUUCGGGCUUCAUAGCGCUAGUGGUUAUAGCCAGUCUCAGUGGUUUUGCAGUCCUGCUAUCGGUGCUCCUGCUCCUUGGCUAUCGCUACUGCAGCAAACGACGCAUCAACUCGAUGAACUUUGAGAAUCCCAUCUACCGCAAGACCACCACCACAGAGGAUCACUUCAGUUUGCGCAAGAAUCUGCCGGCAAGGAUCUACGAUCACACCAGUGUCAUGGAUGAGGAGUACUCACCCGUCAUUGGCAUAUCCUCGUAUUAGUUUGAUUCCUUUUUUGGCAUCAUCGUGUGGCAUCCAAAUAGGACGAUUCUUUCGCUUGGUCCUUGGGAAAGAUGAAAGAGAAAAGUUGACACGAGACCCGCGGCUAAAAAACAACAACAACAACACGCCUGAAGACUGAGCAACUCUGUGUAUUGUGUAAAUUAAUUAUUUUAAAAUUUUAAGGCACGGCAAGGACAAGGCGGGUCACUUGGGAGGGUGCAUCCUCAAAGGAUGCUGUACAAAAUACUAUGUCACAGAGUUCUAUCACAAAAAAAAAAAAAGAAAAAUUAGUAACGAGAAACGUAAAACAAAAGAAGAUGUUUAAGAGAAAUCUAAUUGCUAAUUAUAAAUUACAUAAUUCCAAACUGUAUAUAGCUGUAAGUGUGCAUUAUUUUUAAAUGAAGCGAAUUAACUAUAACUAUACGUAUAUAUGUAUGACAAAAAAACAAAAAAACAAAGAUCAUAAUUAUUAUGGUCUACUAUUAGAGCAAGUUGAGAAAUUAUAUUUCUGUUGACGUGAAGCAGAAUCGUUUUAUUAUAUUACCAUUAUUACUACAUACGUAUUAGCCUUUUGUUAACUCUGUAUUUGUUAAGUGUACAUACAUAUGUAUAUGUUUCCCAACUAAAAGAUACAUGAUUAAUAAUAAUAAACUCAAAUAUACCUAUGUGUAGUGUA